AUGAAGUGCUUCAAACAUGUCCUUGUAGAUGUGAAAUUGGGGUAUAGCCAUAUGUUGGGCACCUGGCAUGCCCUGCACCUUUGGGCAUUCAAGACACACCAACCAACUUGUCCAGUGGACAAAUGCCCGAUUCCAUGCAGCAAUUUCUUGAUCAGAACACUUUCCCUCUCAAUACCGUGCUUUGUGUCGCUUGUCGUCAUGAACGCUUUCAUGAAGCUGAUGUUCUUUACUGCAUGUUUGCUGUUUGCCAAAGGUGUUUCGAGCGAGGACAGCUGUGAUGCUGCUGCGUCCAGCCGUGUGCUAUUGCAGAAGACGGUGGCCAAGAGCGAACUUGCGACUGCAGCGGCGUUCAACUGGAAGUUGGCUGGUCCAGGUGAAUCAUGCGACGUUGGCUGCGCAAGCUAUGGGAUGUUCUGUCAUGGCUCGCAGAUCUUUUCCGUGGACAGCGCUCAGCAGGUGAUUGCUGCUGCCCAGGAAGCGGGACUGACAUGCAACGGCACAGCAGGCUGGGGCUAUGAGAACAUGCCUGCUAUUUGCAGCGAUGCGUCCUGUUGUGGUGGCAACUGUGUUGGUAUUUGCGCCUAUGGCAUCCAAUUGACGAACAGCUGUGGUGGAAACGCGGGCGGAAGCUAUUCCCGGCUCUGCCCAUGUGGCAACGAAGCAGAAGUCACCACGACCACAACUACCGCGCCCACCGUCAUCGUGGCAAAGUCAAAACCUCCGGGCUUUGAACGAAGUCUGUUUCUUCUGCCAGCUGAGCCCAUGCUGAUGCUCGAGGGCAGUUUCCCUGGCCACGAGGCAACGAUCCCGGCGGCCUCAAAGACUGGCAAGGAGCCUGCCAUCCUCAGUGGAAUUUCGGAUGCUGCUGCUGAAGAUUUUGUGAAAAGUUUCCAACCUGAGACCACCUUCAUGGUUGGUGCAGCUCAAAGCAUGCCUGGUCUUGCCAACACUGUCCAAUUGGAGGCGACAAGCCCAUGUUCGGCAUCGCUGGUGCUGGCGAAACACUUUUGGCCCGAGACUUCCAAGGCGGUGGUGGCGAAAUGUGACAACUACGCAGCUGCUUUGAUGGCGGCUCCAUUGGCUGCGCAGCAGUCUGUGCCUCUGAUCUUGGAUGAUGGCAGCGAUUUGACGUCCAUCUUUACCGAGCUGAAGAUCACUGAUGUCACCUACGUUGGAUCAGACGGAUGGUCAUUUGGCGGCGUGACCGUCUCGACGUUGCACACGGCGGGGGAUGUCUUCAACGCCUUGGGCAAACCGGAGUACUUGGCGGUGGUGAACCCUGCAGACCAAAGCAUGUCGCCAUUCCAGUCCCUGUCUGCACUGGCUCCCAUGCUAGCAACACUUCGGAACGGGGCAGUCCUUCCCCUCGAGGGGGACAUCUCGGCGGCUGCGGCCAAGGACCAGAUUCAACGGCACGUGGCUGCCCAUGGAAUGCCCAAAUUCCUGGCCCUGGUGGGAGGGCCGCAGGCCAUCCCCUUGCACUGUGAGACAGGCACACUUUUCUUCGAAGAGAAGUGUCGCGAUGCUCCUUACGGUGAUUUGGAUGAGGACAUGUUCAUGGAUGUGGCCUUGGGUCGUGUGGUGGCCCGAGAUUUGAGCUCUGGCAGCUUAUUGGUUUCUCGCAUUGCCAACUAUGAGUAUGUCCGUGAUCCAGAAUCAGAGGGAAAGUACGCCAUGGGUGGCAAAUUAAAAUCCUCUGCGGAUACGUGGCGUCCAGCCCUGGAGAAUGUGGGAUUUGCAGCCCCUGAGAUUGUGGAAUAUUUGGACAUCCUCAAGCUCAAGAAGCUUCAUGUUUCAGCCUUCCUGCACCUUGAUCAUGCGGGGGCUGGUGGCAUGGGGCACUCUUUCAGCUAUGCCUCAGAGGUUCUCUUCUCUCCUUCCAUCUUCAGCUCAGGUGGAUGUUCAACCGCUGGCUUCGACAAAUUGUCAGAUCCCAAAGACUCUGUGGUCCUCACUUUGCUCCACUACGGUGCAGUGGGUUUUCUGGGUGGCCCGCGGAAUGCUAUCACAGGCUCUGGCUUGGUGCACUCGACCUUCUGGAAUCAGAUUGCAUUGAAGAAGACCAUGGGAGAAGCCUUCAAAGAUGGUUGGAACAACAUUGCCGUAAAUUUCCAAGAUCAACCAGGUGAAGAGGUGAUCGCCAAGUACGUCAUGAUGAACAUCGCCCUCUUCGGGGAUCCCGCCUUCCAGCUCUUCAUCCCCGGCACGCCGCGGGAGACGCCCGCGGAGGUGAAGUUGGAGAAUGGCCUGCUGGUGGCAUCCGGACCUGAAAGGUGGACCAAGCAUAAGGCGGCACCGGCAUGGCAACGGCUAAAAAUGGCAAAUUCAUAG